CUUCUGUGUUUUUCUCGAGCCCCAUCCCCAUCCCCCUUCGUUCCGUAGCUGGGUGCCUACGGAACGAAGGGGGAUGGGGAUGGGGCUGGGGCUGGAGAGAAAGGGGGCUGGGCUACAGGGGGGACCGGGCUUAGGAAAGGAAGGGGAAGCGAACGGAGGAACGCGGGGGAGAGCUUCUCGGAGAAAGGGAGCAGUGAGCGUUGACGUGCGAAGGGGAGGAACGCGAGAGGGGAGCGCAUAUUCAAGGGCGGAUCGGGUGGAUAUGCGGGGCACAAAUUGCUUGCAAAGCACGAGAGAGGCGAGAGACGGGGGGAAGGGCGGUGGCUCACGCUCUCGAGCAGCAGGCGGAAUGCGAUGAACAGUGGCGAUCCAGAGUGGAGGCGGUCGGGAAAGUUGCGUGCCGAGGAAUUGUAAAAGUGUAUCGCACUGACAGACAAAGAAAGUUUCGGGCGUUAGGGUGUUGGAUCGGAUUGCCGAGGGCGGGAGGAGCGAGAGAGAGGGAGCAUAGGACGGGAAAUUGCAGCAGGAGGUGGUGCAAGCAUGGGGUUGCCCGGACUAGAUCAGUCUUAUGAUAAAAAGCCGGUGAGGGGGCAAUGGAGAUGGCUUGUGGCAUCUUCUGGGAUUGCUGGCUGUUCUUGUCGGACUGCGACCACUGCCUUGCUGAUCAUCAGUGUGCUGGUCACUAUGCAAACUCCAGUGAACGCUGUCGAUGAAGUCCAAGUGACCUCCGACUUUGUGAGAGCACCCCCGCGGCCCAAUGUAGGGAGACAGUUGAUCAAAGCCUUCAGGGCUGAAAAAUCAGGAAAUGAGCCCUCUCAGGUGCACAUAUCGAUGAAUGGCCCAAAUCACAUGCACAUAACGUGGAUAACUAAAGAAUCAGGCAACCCGAGCACAGUUGAGUAUGGAACAACUUCUGGAGCGUACGGUGCCAACGCCAGCGGAACAAGCUCCUCAUAUACUUACAUCCUAUAUAAGUCCGGGGAAAUCCACGAUGUCGUCAUUGGGCCGCUGAAGGAUGACACUGUCUACUACUACCGGUGUGGAGGAUCGACGACUGAAUACAGUUUCAAGACGCCACCUCCCGCAGGACCCAAUGUCCCAAUAACCUUCGUAGUCACUGGUGACUUGGGCCAAACAGGUUGGACAACGUCUACGUUGGAACAUAUAAGGAGUGAUGACUAUGAUAUGUGCUUAUACUCCGGUGAUCUGGCGUACGCUGACUACUAUCAGCCGCUGUGGGAUUCAUUCGGAGAGCUAAUUAGUCCACUUGCACGAGAAAGACCAUGGAUGGUCACGCAGGGAAACCACGAAAUCGAGGUCGUUCCCUUCUUCGUUGAGUCUUUCAGAGCAUAUAAUGCCCGCUGGUCGAUGCCCUACAAGGAGAGUGGAUCAACUUCAAAUCUAUACUAUUCUUUCGAAGUCGCCGGCUGCCAUAUUCUUAUGUUGGGUUCAUAUUGUGAUUUCGAUGCUAAAUCACCUCAGUACAAAUGGCUACAGAAUGACUUGGCAAAAGUUGACCGGAAGAAGACACCUUGGCUUAUUACCGUGCUACAUGCACCCUGGUAUAACAGCAAUACUGCUCAUAGAGGAGAUGGAGAUGAUAUGAAGGCUGCUAUGGAAACUUUGCUGUUUGAAAAUAAAGUAGAUAUUAUCUUCGCAGGACAUGUCCACGCAUACGAGCGCUCGACUCGUGUCUACAAAGGAGUGCCUCAUCCUCAGGGUAUCAUCCACAUCAACAUUGGAGAUGGUGGAAAUCGUGAAGGACUGGCAUCGAAAUAUAAUAAACCUCAGCCAAUGUGGUCAUUAUUUAGGGAGGCCAGCUUCGGUUAUGGUAGACUUAUCAUAGACAGUGCAACUACUGCCAGGUGGGUAUGGCAUCGAAACGAUGAUGACGCGGACGUCGUUGCCGAUCAGGUGGUGAUCAAUUCUCUCAGUGAUCCCAACAAUCCAGCCUACAAUAAGUUGGUCGCUGACAAAGCUGCCACAUCUACCCCUAAGAUUGUGAAGACUGUUGGGACCAAAUGAGAUGCACGAAGGACACGGAGGCGCAAUGUAAGGAUGAAUCGCCCGAAGUGAUCAGUUUCCACUAGAAGUGUACAAUAUUAUCAUGUCGCUGGAGGACUCUUUUAUUCGAAAAUUGUGGUUACCACCGUCUGUUAUCCCUCUCUAUAGAACUUAUGUAAACACUGUACGUAACCACCGUCGUCGACAAAACCAGGGAUGCGGAGCAUUUCAGUAGCCGACCACAGUUGAAGCUUUUUCUAGAAGAGCGUUUGGGUCAAAUUUGACAAUCUUCCUUCCAUCAUGUAAUAUAUUGAUCAUCAAUCUGUAAGUCCUAUAUGAAUAUGAGUACCAGUAUGCCCAGAACUUUUUUCCUCAACGAGGUUAUAGUCCAUUGUAUCGACUCUAGGGCAGGUAUGUGCAAGACAUUGCCGUCAUAGUUAUGAUUAUAAUGGUUCAC